AUGCAAUCCUAUCCAUCUCCUAACGCGACUGCCGCUGAUAGUAGUGGUGGUCCUUUCUACGGGCCAAGCUCCUCCAAUCAACAUCAACAUCCACAUCAGCAAGCUCUGCCUACUCCCGAUGAGCUACAACUUGCAGAACAAUUAUCUGCCGAUGCUCAAUUGUCACGUAGCAUGCAGCCAAAUAUGGGAGCAGUUCGUGGAAUGAGUGAGAAUCCAGAUCCUCGAGGUCAAGCAAAUAUCAACUUGAACCAUCAAUACCAGUCAGAUCAUCAAAUGCAUGGAGGACAUCCACAAAUAAAUCAAGGACAUAUUGAUAUGGGACCUCAAUACGAUGAUGGCUCUAUAUCUCCAGCUGGAAGAAAGAGAUCAAAGGUAUCAAGAGCUUGUGAUGAAUGUCGACGCAAGAAAAUCAGAUGUAAUUCCAAUGAGACAGGAAAUGAAGAAGUAUGUUCAAACUGUAAGAGAGUUGGAGUUACUUGUCAAUUCAGCAGACAACCAAUGAAGCGUGGACCAAGCAAAGGCUACAUCAAAGAGCUUGCGGAUCGUAUCAAUACAUUGGAGGGUCAAGUACAAGGAAAUGAUAUGCCUCAACAAUAUCCGCAAGCACAAGAAAUUUUGCAAAGACCUUCCGAAGAAUUUUCUCCGUCUCCGAACCCAGAGCAGAUUCCUCGCAAGCGCGGCUAUUCCUCAGUUUCCGGGGCCGGCGAAUUUGUUUCUCCGUAUCAACAACAGAGAUCGGCUUCCAAUUGGAUUCCUCAAGAUCAACAACCGCGGUCUUCGAUUCCGAACCCAACAUAUCCUGCACCACUACCUGGUUCUACUCAAUUACCUACCAGAGAGCAGAACUACUCGCCAACCGCAAUGGUAUCUCAGCAGAAAUGGGUGAACGCACCUGAUGCAGGCAGCUCUGCUGAAGCAGUCAUUCACACCUCUCAAUCGCAUGGCGAAGAUGCUGUGGAAUGGAUCGAUGAUUCUCUUCUUGAGAGUUACUACAAGUUCAUACACCCAACUUACCCUAUGCUCUCUCUUACCAAGGCUAGGUUAAACGCUAGGCUUUCUGCUUGUUCUGCUCCAGUCAGAUAUGCUUUUUGGGAGGCUUUAUACGCGGCAAUCAGAUCAUUUCCCACCGCAAUUCCCCUCAAGCCACAGGGUAUUACACACGCCAUCAGACUCAUUACAACAUCCCCAUAUGAUCCGAAAGCCAUCCGUUCUCCAUCUACGAAUAUCGUGUAUCUUCAAAUUAUGAUGCUGUUGGCAAUUGAGGCCAACAAUCAGCCUCGCGAUAUUCAAGACGGUGACGUGAUUCAAUCCCCAUCUAUUUGGGUUGGUACUGCCGUUGGUUUUGCCUACUCCUUAAAAUUACACGCAUACAAGCCACUUGACAAGUCGAACGACGACCCAGAUUCCGAUGAUAAGCUUUCGCGACGUGUUUGGUGGAGUCUUGUCAUUAUGGAGAGAUGGAAUGCUGCAACGACAACUUGUCCACUACAAAUUCCUGCUUCGGCAGCACAAGUAUAUCCUGACGAUCGAGCUCUAUUGGGAGAAGUUGCAUACCAUUUGAUGAAUCUCUCCAUCGUCAUUGGAAAUUACUCGGAAGUGAAGCUUGCCUCGACUGACCUACCUACCUACGCGGUUUAUCGUGGACUUCACACCAGACUUCUCAGAACUCAGCUCGAGUUGUGGUGUCGCGAUUUCAGCAAAUCUGGUAUCACGCCCAUCGAAUCUCCUGUACUUCACAUCACCUACUGGUCUGCUUACCUCUUGAUUCUUCUUCAUACACCACAGGAAGACCGCGAUGAACAAGUAAGAGCCGCUCACUACAUCGUCAGUCAGCUCUCUUUCAAUAGCGACAUGAGAUCCCCCUUGACACAUCACUAUAAAUGCUUUGCAGCUCUCGCACUCCCCAACCUCCUUCGAUUUGAAGUUACAAAGAAGGCAGCUGAAGACAUCUUAAAAACAUUCCUUGAAGGUCGUCUCGCAGCUUCUGCAUGGGAUGCCUCGAUCCGAGAUUUCGUAAUCAAGAAUAUAGGAGCCCAGAGAAGAUCAUCUGGUAGUCAGGGUCAAGGUCCACUUGUUGCGCAACAAACCACAGGCGGCUCGAGUGUCAAUGCAAAGGUAGAUGAUAAUCAACACAUGAUUGCGGCAGCGAAUCAAGGUCUCCAACGUCUUGCGGAUUUGGCAACAGCGUCCACGGAAGACAGGGGUGAAGUUUUAGUAUCCUCAGCGGAUGUCGGAGCGAGAAAUGACAAGGAUGCAGCUUUUCCCGGUGGUGGCUUGACUAAAAUGUAA